AUGCCUUCAGCAAAAGCCAAGGAGGACCUGGUGGUCAUCUCGGACGACGCAUCCAGUGACAGCGACGUAUCCUCAUCGAACGAGUCCGACUAUCUGGACGACAAUGGCGCCCGAAAACGACGUCGAACAUCACCGGUCCCGGAGCCACCGCCAGGGUUCUUUGACGACGACGACGAAGACGAUGAGGACAAUAAAGCGGAACUCGAGAAAGCGAUUGCCUCUAUCCAAGUACCCUCGCGUGUCCAGGCGCCCUCUCGUAUAAAGAAGGCAGCAACGCAAGCGGCCGCCGCGACGUCACAAGCCGCCCCUCCCCAAAAUCCCAUCCUCGCCCCCGUCGAUAGCGACACCACAUUUGCCGCUCUGCAAGUCCGUCCCUGGCUCGUCCAGUCCCUCGCCAACAUGGCCAUCAAACGGCCCACGGGUAUUCAGAAAGGUUGCAUCCCCGAGAUCCUCCAGGGGCGCGACUGCAUCGGCGGAUCACGCACGGGUUCUGGUAAAACGGUCGCGUUUGCGGUGCCCAUCCUGCAGAAAUGGGCGGAAGACCCGAGCGCCAUAUUCGGCGUCGUUCUGACGCCGACGAGAGAGCUCGCGCUGCAGAUCUACGAGCAGUUCAAGGCCAUUAGCUCGCCGCAGAGCCUCAAGGCCGUUCUAGUCACGGGUGGUGCCGACAUGAGGGCGCAGGCCAUUGCCCUGGCGCAAAGGCCGCACGUUGUCAUCGCGACGCCGGGCCGGCUGGCAGAUCACAUCCGUACGUCAGGGGAGGACACAAUCUGUGGACUGAGACGGGUGCGCUAUGUGGUUCUGGACGAGGCGGACAGGCUGCUGCAUGCUACGGGUCCAGGCAGUAUGCUGCCGGACGUGGAGGAGUGUCUCUCCGUUCUGCCCCCCGCGAGUGAGAGACAGACGCUGCUGUUCACGGCGACCAUCACCCCGGAGGUGAGGGCGCUCAAGGACAUGCCGCAGAAACCGGGCAAGAAGCCCGUGUUUGUGUGCGAGGUGGACACGCAGAUGCUGGCCAUACCCGCGACACUGACCCAGAUGCACGUGCAGAUCCCCGUGACCCACAAGGAGCACUACCUUCACGUCUUUCUCGAGACGGAGGCCAAUGCCCAGAAGACGGUCAUCCUGUUCUGCAACCGCACCUCGACGGCGGACUACCUGCACCACCUGCUCCGCCUGCUGGACCACCGCGUCACGUCGCUGCACUCCAAGCUCCCGCAGCGGCAGCGCAUCGACAAUCUCGGGCGAUUCCGGGCCUCGGCCGCGCGGAUCCUCGUGGCCACGGAUGUGGCGGCGCGUGGUCUCGAUAUCCCCGAGGUGUCCCUCGUGAUCAACUACGACAUCCCGCGGGACCCCGACGACUACAUCCACCGCGUGGGACGUACCGCGCGCGCGGGACGCAAGGGUGAGGCGGUGACGUUUGUCGGGCAGCGCGACGUCGACCUCGUGCACGCCAUUGAGGCGCGCGUGGGCCGGGCAAUGGACGCCUGGGCGGAGGAGGGCGUCAACCUGGAGACCCGGGUGCUUCGGGAGGCGCUCAAGACGGUGAGCGAGAAGAAGCGCGAGGCGCUGCUGGAGAUUGAGGAAGGGCGCGAAGUGGGCGGCAAGCGGAAGCGCACAAAGCAAAAGUUCAGGGCCGAGUAA